AUGGAAGACGAUUUGGGCGUCGAACCGACCGUGACCCUCUCCGAAUCGGCAAGCUCAGAUUCUAGCCACGGAGGGCUUCAUCAUUUACUUGAAGAGAUUAUCGCCGGCAUGCCGGGUUUUAUAACAGGGUAUCUAUCUGCUCACCCCCGUCUCCUUCGCCGUCGCCGUCGCAGACAUUCAAGCUCUGGAGAGAGCCAGAAUGCUCAAGCGCAUAACCAUGACCAGAUGGAAAUCAAUAAUGAAACACAUGCGAUCGGAAUACAAAUGACACCUUAUAUCUCGCCUGCAGGAGUACUUGACUUCCACGUUCAUCCGAGCGAAAUAAGCAUGACUCCUUACAUCUCGCCUGAGGUACUUGGCUUCCACGUUCAUUUCGACUCCGAGUCUUUCCGUCGGCCCCCAGCUCCCAUUUCACUGAUUUGGGCUCUACCAGCAAAGAUGAUUGACGAAGAAAUGUUGGUAGAGCUGCAGCAAUCCUCCAAUUCUUGCUGUUCGAUUUGUCUUGAUGAUUUCCUGCUGGUUCCUGCAUUAGGCGUUGGUUACUUGAGACAAACAGUUGUCCUGUUUGUCGAGAAGGUAGAGCUGUGA